AUGUCAACAGCACACAUCACACACGCUAACUGCGGACUCCUCUCCUGCGGUCUCAAACCCGCAAACACGCUCGACUGUUACUGUCUCGGCGUUGGAACGGGGUGUAAAGAGUUCUGUGGGGGUGCGUUUGUAGGGUUGAAUGUGGUGUCUUGGGGCACAAUUGGGGUUGUGGUUUUGGUUUUGGUGGUUUGGGUGAGGAGGGGGAAGGGGGAGAGGGUGGAGAAGGGGAAGGAGCGCAAAGAGAAGGAGGGGAAGGGGAAGGAAGAGAAAGGGAAGGAAGGGAAAGGGAAGGAGGCGAAAGGGAAGGAGAGUUAG